AUGGUAACUCCUGCAUCUUGGGGAGGAGAGCAUGCACAGGUCCUUGAGAAGGAAGAGUUCCAACAUUUCACACGGGCCAACCAGGACAGUCCUUGCCGGCUAUUCAGGAGCAAUGAACUGCUCUCAGGAACAGCGCUGGCUGGUAUUGAAAUGGGUGUAACCGUACGCUUUGAUGGUGUGGGUGGUCUCUCUCACCACAUUUCAGCCUUGAAGGAGAUGGUCCUGUUUCCACUGCUUUACCCAGAAUUCUUUGAGAGAUUCCAAAUCCGGCCCCCCAGAGGCUGUCUGUUCUAUGGCCCACCAGGCACUGGAAAGACACUGGUGGCUCAAGCGCUCGCAAACGAAUGUAGGCAGGGAGACAAGCAAAUAGCGUUCUUCAUGAGAAAAGGUGCCGACUGCCUCAGUCAAUGGGUAGGAGAAUCCGAGCGACAGCUGCGCUCAUUAUUUCAGCAGGCCUAUGAGAUGCGGCCUUCGAUUAUUUUCUUCGAUGAGAUCGAUGGUCUCGCCCCUGCGCGCUCCAGUCGCCAAGACCAGAUUCACAGUUCUCUUGUCACAACGCUCCUGGCACUUAUGGAUGGCUUAGACAGCAGAGGAGAGAUCGUGGUCAUUGGAGCCACCAACAGGCCAGACUCCCUGGAUCCUGCUUUACGAAGGCCUGGACGCUUUGACAGGGAGCUCCUUUUCACCCGGCCAAACAAAGAGGCUCGCAAAGAGAUUUUCCAGAUCCACACGAGAGACUGGAGCCCUAAGCCACCGGACGCGCUGCUUGAUGAGCUUGCUGAGAAAUGCGUCGGAUACUGUGGGGCUGACAUUCAGUCCCUCUGCGCUGAAGCUGCCCUCUGCGCUUUGCAUCGACGCUAUCCCCAGAUCUACACAAGCAGUCAGAAGCUGCAGAUCGAUGUUGCUGCCAUUGAAAUCACAGCAACAGACUUUCUCGUGGCUAUGCGGAAGACUGCACCAGCUUCACAGAGGGCUGUGGCUUCCCCUGGACAACCACUGUCACCCAUUUCCAAGCCACUGCUUCAGAACACGCUGGAGAGGCUCCUAAAAGGCGUGCAGAGGGUGUUUCCCCACGCAGCGCUUGCACUCAAGAAGGACCGACAGCCAGCUGCCUGCAGACAAAAGCGAAGGAGGAGCACAUCACCCUCAGAGAGCCUAGCAGAGAAGAGGCGGAAAUGUUCACCGCGUGCUGAGACGGAGGCCAGCAUCUGUCUCUGGCACCUGCUGAAUGUCGCUGGCAAGGCAACAAGGGACUGCAACAUCCGCCACCUUGAAAAACUACACCUGGUGCUCAGCCAGUGCGUUUACCGCCAUCGGCAAGACGAUGACAAAACGCGGUUAAUAGAGGGUGCAACUUUGUCCAUGUGGAGGGCCCGUAGUGAUGGCAAGAAGUGUGAGCAGUACUAA